CACCUUUUUCUCUUCUUCCUUCUGUCAUUUCCUCGUACCUUCCCUCAUGAAAACCCCAACUUUUUAGCUGCAUGGUUGGGUUGUCAAUUGUAAUGGUUUGCUGAACACUGGCACAAAAGUGUAGGUCAAACGUGUCCUUGCUUGAAGGACCUUCGCGGUUGACGUGAAGGAAUUAGGGUUCGUAUCGGAGAAAUUAGGUUUAUUCAUUUCAACCUCGAUGGAGGUGGUCCGUUACUGCAACUGUGACGGAUUCCGUAACGGCUCCGGUGUUUGUAGAUUGUGCCGCAGCUCUGUCCCGGCUUCAAGCGGAGUGUCACCCCCUCAUUCUAAUGUUCCAGCAAUGUCAAGUGGUGAUGACGGGGGAAUCGAAGACAGGGAGAAUGGGAUGUCUUACUAUAUUCCCAAAUUUUUCGUUGCGGCUCUGUCUGGAGCUCUUACAGGACUUUUUGCCCUAGCUGGGGCUUUCACAGGAGCUGUCACUGGUGCAUUAGCAGGUCGAGCUUCAGACGGCGGUGUCCUUCGCGGAGCUGGAUUGGGAGCUGUUGCUGGGGCUAUCCUCUCUGUGGAGGUUUUGGAAGCUUCUCGUGCUUACUGGUGUUCGGAGCCUUCUGUCUCUCGGAGCUCAUCAUCUAUGGCAGAUUUUGUUGAGGAACUUCUCCACGGGAGAUUUGUACAGGAACAAUUUGCUCCCACAAUGUUCACAGCCUACCGUUGGCAGGUGAGAAUUGCUAACACCAGUUAUGAUGAGAUUUAUGAUAUAUAUGGCGAAUUGCCCUCCAUAGGGUUGUCAGGGGAGUCAUUGGAAAAACUGCCAUGGCAUGUGAUCACAGAUGAAGAGAAGGCAAAAUAUGGUGAUACCAUCUGCUGCACAAUUUGUUUGCAGGAUGUUGAAGUGGGGGAAUCUGUUAGGAGCUUGCCACAGUGCCACCACACAUUUCACUUGACAUGUGUAGACAAGUGGCUUCUUGGACAUGGUUCGUGCCCAGUUUGCAGACAGGAUGUCUUGUAAUCUCUAGUUUUAUGUAUAGAAAGGGUCAAUAGUGUUGGUCCUCUUACCAGCCUUCAUCCAAUGCUGUUCUAGUAUAUAUGUCUAUUUUUUUUGGUUUAUACUGUUUUAGUAUAGAUUUCUGUGUAUGUAAUUAUGUAUAGGGAAAGGGUUCCUCAUGAUGUCAGUGUGGGG